CACACGGGACCAUGCACACGAAUUGCAAUGCAUUCAGAGAAGCCCAUCCAUCCAUGCAUCAGAACCGCCAUCUUUUCUGCUCCCUUGCCCUCCAGUCAGCCUGCCACUCACGAGGCAGCCGCCUCGCAAUCGUCACCGGCAAGUAGAACAGCAACCCGGUCCUCCCCAUCCCAUUCUUCCUCCUAGCCCUCGCGAAGCCAUCCCUGUCCACAAACUGGUGCGGCAAUGGACACCCCUCCUCCCCGUCCCCCGCCCCCCCUCCCUUUCCCUCUUGCUGCUCUUUUUGAGUCCGCUGCCAGAUGGAGGGCAAGAAUGUCCGCACUGGGAAGUGGAGCGAUGAGGCCGUGACGACCGACGAGGCGACGCUUCUCCUCGGAGAUGAGUCGCCACCCCGCCGUGUGUGUGUCUCUGCUGGGUGAGGCGGAAUGGCGGGGUGCUCGUGGUCGUGGUUGUGGUCGUCCAUCCAUGUGUCCGUCUGCACAUCGACCGUCCUGAACGUCGUGGGGCUUUUGGGGCUCUUAGGGCUCUUCCGGGCGGACGAGAGGCAGGGAGACACCCUCAUUCUCGCAGCGGACACCGGCUGCGGCAUCCUCACCAACGGCACCACUUGACGCGUCUGAGCACACCCACCACACCCAGGCAGAGAAGAUAAUAAGAGCUGCAAGUACGAGCAACAGUAAGUGUCUCCGCCCUUCCCCCGUCAGUCUCACCUUGCCCCUCGGCGAGACGAGCUCCCGGAACGUCUUGGCCUCACCCUCCCCGCCCUUCAUCUGCCCCAAGUACCGCGAAUACGACACUCUCCCACCACCGCUCUCCUCCCUGCUGCCCGGCCGCUGGGGCGCCAACGCCAGCGGCACGGGAGAAGGGGAGGAGGGCGAGGGCGCCGUCGGGGUGCAGACAUCGGCAGUGACAGCAGCAGCGGUGGGAGCGGCCGUGGCAAUGUCUUCCCUUGUGAGGGUGUGGCGGGGGGAUGCUGGUGGAGAGUGGGCGGGAGAUGAGGGCGGCGAGGUGGAUGGAGGGGCUGGGGCGGCGGCGGUCGUGACAUUGCGGUUGCGGGGGAUGAGGCGAUGUAGGGCUGAUCAACGAAGGCAGAAGGAAGGGAAAACAGUUGGGGAACUUAGAUGAAUGACUGCCUUGCCUUGCCUUACCUGUGUCCAGAUGCACCUUGAGCACCGUCACAGCCGGCGUCUCCGGCUCGUUUUUCGACCUAUCAGCCUCCACGCCAACGCGUCCAUGCCUCACGACCGCAGUCACACCUUUCUUCUGCUGCAGAGAAGCGACUCCGCCCUUGUCCUUUCUUCCCCUGCUCUCCCCCUCGCGAGAGUCCUUCUGUGGCUCCAGGGCUCUCGUUCGUAGGUGUCGCCUUCUCACGUCGCUUGUCAGGCCGUUGAAGCGUCCGUUGCCCUGGUCAGCACUCGUGGGGGAUUGCGGCUUGAAUGGUCGCUUCAGGCGCCCGGGCGCCCGAGGACGCUUCGCUGCUGGGCGGGGAAGGUGAAGCGAGCCCUCCCUCUCCGGCACGACGCCUGAAGGGGAAGAGAGCAGUUCAUGCGACAAGAUGAGUGGAUGGGGCUUACCGAAAAGGCGCUGUUCUCGCAUGGCGCCAGGGAUCUUAUCCAUCUCAAUGGUCAGCAGUGCAACAAACAGGGCUGAUCAUUCCCCCUCAACCCACU